AUGGAUUCUGGCCGUCCUUCUUCUCCAGCCAAGAAAGAUGUACCUCACGAGGCUGCACUUCCCACCGCCAGCAGUCCCCGUCCUAACACAUCAUCUUCACUCAGUUCAGUCGACGAACCUGCGUCGCCUGCGUCUGCCGAUGGCGGACCUCCAGCUGAGAAGCCCAACUUGGAGCGUACGCAGUCUCAAGCAUCCCAGUUCGGCAGGGGUCGCAAAGCUGUCAUCGUCUUGUCGCUAUGCAUGGCACUUUUCCUCGCGGCUUUGGAUGUCACCAUCGUGACGACCGCUUUGCCCACAAUCUCACGCCACUUCAACGCGUCCGCCUCUGAUUACACUUGGGUUGGCUCUGCGUACCUCCUUGCAGCGGCAUCCAGCGCACCCGUCUGGGGAAAGGUGUCGGACAUCUUUGGCCGCAAAUACAUCAUCUUGCUCGCCAAUCUCGUCUUCCUCAUUGGCUCGCUCAUCGCUGGCCUCAGCAACAGCAUUGGCUUGCUCAUCGGUGCUCGUGUCAUUCAGGGCAUCGGUGGCGGUGGCCUGGUCAUUCUUGUCUACGUCUGCAUCGGAGACCUCUUCUCCAUGCGCGAGCGUCCCAAGUACUACGGCAUCAUGGGCGGUAUUUGGGCCAUUGCGUCUGGCGUCGGACCUGUUAUUGGAGGCGCCUUUACAGAGGGGGUAACAUGGCGGUGGUGCUUCUACAUCAACCUACCCCUUGAUGGAAUAUCGUUGAUUCUCCUCUUCGUCUUCCUCAAGCUCGAUAACCCACGCACGCCCCUCGUCGCUGGUCUGCGUGGUAUCGACUGGAUAGGCGUGCUUACCAUUGUGGGUGGCGUGGUCAUGUUCCUCUUCGGUAUGGAGAGUGGUGGCGUCACACACCCCUGGGAUUCCGCAUUCACUUUGUGCCUAAUCAUCUUUGGCGUUGUGACCAUCGUGCUGUUUUUCCUCAACGAAUGGAAACUCGCCAAAUACCCUAUCAUCCCGCUGCGGCUCUUCCGCCACACCUCCAACCUCUGCGCUCUAGGCGUAUGCUUCAUUCAUGGCUUUGUCUUCAUCGGCGGUAGCUACUACCUGCCGUUGUAUUUCCAAGUUGUCCUUGGCGCUGGUCCGAUCCUCUCCGGAGUGUACCUUUUCGCAAUGGUCUUGACUUUCAGCGUCGUCUCUGCGGGCACCGGCAUCUUCAUCAAACGCACCGGCCGCUUCCGCGAGCCGAUCUGGUUCGGCCUCGCCUUCAUGACUCUUGGCUACGGGCUGUUGAUUGACCUGCCAGACCACGCAGUCUGGAGCAAGAUCAUCAUCUACCAAAUCGUCACCGGCAUUGGCGUAGGCCCCAACUUCCAAUCCCCGCUCAUCGCCCUGCAAUCGCACCUCAAAGGCCACGACAUCGCCGUCGGCACCUCCACCUUCGGCUUCAUCCGCAACCUCAGCACCUCCAUCUCCGUCGUCCUCGGCGGCGUCGUCUUCCAAAACCAACUCGCCAACAAACAAUCCGCCCUCGCGCAAGUCCUCCCGCCCCAAGUCGCCGCCGAACUGGCCUCCAGCUCUUUUGGGUCCGCGACCAGCGCCCUCGGCGGCCUGGACGACACGCAGCGCCAGGCCCUCAACCGCGCCUACACCGACAGUCUGCAGACACUGUGGAUCUUCUACACGGCGGUCAGCGCGGUGGGGAUCCUGAUCGGCCUGGGCAUCAAGAAGAAGGAGCUGAGUCGGGAUAAGGUCGACGUCAAGACGGGGCUGGCGGAGCAGGAGCGCGUCAGGCUGGAGGAGGCCACCGAGGCGCAGGAGCGCAGGGAUCGGAAGGCCGCGCAUAAGAAGGGUAGUGCGAGUUGGGGCAGGGAUGUGGAGAGCGGGGCGGCGGCCUCUGGUACGGGAAAUGCGGGCGAGGGACCGCAGCAGCACUCGGCAGCGCUGAGCAAUGGGCAGGCGGGGUUGAAGGAGGGAGGGGAAAGGAUCUAG